GGGUUGUUUCAUAGAAAACCGGAUGGAUUGAUUUCAUCCAGUGCCACUCACUGACUGUCCAACUGUGGACCUCUGCUGUGCUGCGGGAGGCUUGUAGACUAGUCCGAUAGACAUAUACAUGGAGGAGAUGAGCGGAGAUCCAAACUGUGAAGACAUGCAAAAGAAGGACCAACGAUUGUCAUUCCAGAUCUUCCCUGACCCCGUGGAGGUCAUCCUGGACCCAGAGACCACCUUUCACAGGCUGGACCUCGACCAUGUGAAGGAGCGUCUACCCUCCAUCGUUGUGGAGCCCACGGAGGUGAACGAGGUGGAGAGCGGAGAGCUGCGCUGGCCUCCGGAGAACAUGGACACGGAGGAAGAGGAGGAGGACCUGUUCUUGGAGCAGUGCAUCCCCCCGGCCAACAUUGCAGACUGGGGAGAAGAGGAGGAAGAGGAGGAAGAGAAGACGUCUGUUAUACUGAACGAGCAGCAUGGCUUGACACUCAUUGACCUUCAGUCGGAUGCAUUUCGAGAUGACACCCCCACCCUUCCACCGAGCAGCGCUCCAGCCCUCAACUGACUGAACCUCGGAGACCCAGUGAGGAAACAUCCGGCAGAUCGGCGUAUGGCAACAACUAUGACAACACAAGCCACAGUUUGACAGUGACAGGUGAUGCGGAGAUUAAACAGAAAGCCAAUGUUGAUGAAGAGGAAAACACAAGUAUCCAAAUAUGUUUUAGAGGUCAAACACCUUUUAACAGCUACACGCCGACUCUGACAUUUCUGUUCACAUUAAUAUGAAUAUACACGCAUGCCUGUAGGCAUGAGAACAGAGACACACAUACACAAACACACAUUCUCAUACACGCAAAAGUCAGCUUGCUGACGUCGGCCGCAGAGGUUUGAGCUGUACUGUGUUUUCUUUUUUUGUUCUACUUCUAAGUCAAACUUUUGCUGACGCCGUAUCUUUAUGUUUCAUUUCCCUUGCUGUUUCCUACUUUUUAAGGGCUCACUGAUGUCAUGGGGCUAAAAGAGAACAUCCUGCAAUGACAACUGAUUUUCUUUAGUUUGUGCUUGGUUGAUUUAUACUUCAUCUCUGUACCUUAUUAAACAUAUUUGUCAUGGUCAUCAUUUUGACCCCAGAGGUGGAUUUUGAGGACAUUUACCUGGUUAUAGCUUCGGUAUAAUAUUUAUUAGGCGUUGAUCGGGAUGACCACAUCCAGAUGUUACAUUAUUUCUCCCCGCCCGUUAUGUGGGUGACUAACGCUGACUAAUGUUGGGAUCUUAAAAUAAGAAAUAUCCAUAAUUUGACCAAAAUCACUGCCAUAGACUGUCUGGCAGACAGGAGUGAAACAUUCAGUUUGUUGUCGGCCACGUUGAACCAGGCAGCUUGAGUUGCUAUUCAGUAACAGUUGUAGACGCCAUUGAGAAAGUAGUUGUGUUAUAAUACUCUCAUUUGUGUUUAGGCUGAUUUGUGAAUAACUUGUAUAUAAUUUGUUGUGUUAUUGUAAA